ACGUGUGUGUGUGUGUGUGUGUGUGUGUGUGUACUUCCUCCACCUUCCGACAGCAGCAGCAGCACCAGCAGCAGCACCAGCAGCAGCAGCCAUGAGUUCCUACAGCAGCCGCAGCUUCGUCUCCUCGGGCGGCUCCAUGAGGGGCGGCCCCCUCACCUCCUCCCGCGUCUCCAUGGUGUCCAGCAGCAUGGGCGGCGGCGGCGGCAUGGGCAUGGGUAUGGGCGGUGGCAUGGGCGGCGGGCGCAUCAGCGCCAUGCGGGCCGGCAGCGUGUACGGGGGCGCGGGGGGAUCAGGCGUGCGCAUCUCCACCGCCUCCUCCUUCGGCUCCGGCGGCGGCGGCGGCGGCGGUGGCUACGGCUUCGGUGCAGGCGGUGGCGGCGGCGGCGGUUACGGCUUCGGCUCCGGCGGCGGCAUCGACAUGGGCGCGAACGUGGGCACCAACGAGAAGGCCACCAUGCAGAACCUGAACGACCGCCUGGCCACGUACCUGGACAAGGUGAAGUCGCUGGAGAAGGCCAACGCCGAGCUGGAGGUGAAGAUCCGCCAGUUCCUGGAGAGCAAGAGCGGCCCCGCGGCACGCGACUACUCCGCCUUCUACGCCACCAUCAGCGACCUGCAGGACAAGAUUCAGGACGCCACCCGAGUCAAUGGAGGAAUUUACCUGAGCAUCGACAACGCAAAGCUGGCAGCCGAUGACUUCAGAACCAAGUAUGAGAACGAGCUGACCAUGCGCCAGUCCGUGGAGGCAGACAUCGCAGGGCUGAAGAGGCUCCUGGACGAGCUGACCAUGAACCGGUCCGACCUGGAGAUGCAGAUCGAGGGACUGAGGGAGGAGCUCAUUUACCUCAAGAAGAACCACGAGGAGGAGCUGCUGGCCAUGCGUGCUCAGAUGACCGGACAGGUGCACGUGGAGGUGGACGCCGCGCCGCAGGAGGACCUCUCGCGCGUCAUGGCCGAGAUCCGCGAGCAGUACGAGGGCGUCGCCGCCAAGAACCAACGCGAGCUGGAGUCCUGGUUCCAGACCAAGACGGAGACGCUGAACAAGGAAGUAGCGGUCAGCACAGAGACCCUGCAGACGUCCAAGUCGGAGAUCUCCGAGAUCAGACGCACGCUCCAGGGCCUGGAGAUCGAGCUGCAGUCACAGCUCAGCAUGAAAUCGUCUCUGGAGGGCACCCUGGCGGACACGGAGGCGCGCUACUCCAUGCAGCUGGGCGGUCUGCAGAGCCAGGUGACCAUGAUGGAGGAGCAGCUGAUGCAGCUCCGGGCCGACAUGGAGCGCCAGGGCCAGGAGUACAAGAUGCUGCUGGACAUCAAGACCCGCCUGGAGAUGGAGAUCGCCGAGUACAGGAGACUGCUGGACGGAGAGGCCAGCAGCGUCAUCUCCUCCAGCAGCAAGUCCUCCACCAGCACAGUGAUGGUGAAGACCAUCGUGGAGGAGAUGGUGGACGGAAAGGUGGUCUCGUCCUCGUCCUCCAUCACCAACUGAGCAGCCUUGCACUCUUCAGAACAUCAGAACAACCUAACAGCUCCAGACUGUAUUGUUUGCGCCAGAGAGUGAAUAAACUUGACUACUCGCACA